AUGGCUAUCUCGGAUCUUCUCGUUCUCGCAUUCUGCGUCAUUUUUGAUCAACUGGUGUAUUACCACGUGAAGUCUUUGAUCUAUUUUCUUACCCAAGUGUGUGCCUUCAACAAGUUUUUGAUGUCUGCUUUCAUGUACUGCUCUGUAUGGUCCACAGUUGUUUUCACCUUUGAUCGCUUUGUCGCCAUAUGCCACCAUGGAUUCAAAGCGAAAUAUUGUACAUGGAGGACGGCAGGCAGCGUCCUUGCUGCCAUCUGGGUGGUGAGCAUCUUGAGGAGUAUUCCAGACUACUUCAAAUACGAGCCCAUCGUCACCAUAGAUGGACAAGGUAGAGGCUGUAGGGAGCGAUUGGCCUUUGGAAAUUUAUUGGAAUGGUCCAUCUACGACUGGAUGAACCACAUCCUCACACCACUCUUUCCAUAUCUCCUCAUACUCCUCCUCAACUGUCUCACCGUCAAACACAUCCUGCUCACGAGCUUGGCCCGAAGGAGACUCGUACACCAGGCCAGCGCUGCCAGCAGUGAUGAGGAGAUGAAAAGCCGAAGGAAAUCUAUUGUUUUACUCUUCGCCAUUUCUGCAGCAUUCAUCCUGCUGUGGUUACCCAGUGUCAUCUACUUCAUCCUGGACCGAGUUGCUAAACUUUACCACAGCCCGGCUAAUUUCACCCACCCAUUGGCGAUUUUCUACCAGUGUAGCAUCAUGUUGAAGCUUUUGAGUUCCUGUGUUAAUACUUUCAUCUAUGCUCUGACCCAGACUAGGUUUCGGAAGGAGCUAUGGAACGGGCUGACCUUUCCUUUUUCCCUGUUGGUUCGCUUAUCUAAGACGGCGAAGGGAUCGAGCUAA